CUUGCAAUAACUGAGGAGCAGAUAAAACAGAUGGAAUCUCAUCUCCAAGAUAUUGAUUAUCCAGCAGUAUCAGCUGAAGAGCGUUUGACACGCCAUGAUGUUAUGGCUCACGUUCAUGUUUUUGCUACUCAAUGUCCUCUUGCAGCUCCUGUCAUUCAUCUGGGUGCCACAUCUUGUUACGUCGGUGACAACACUGAUUUAAUGAUCAUGCGCGAUGCUUUGGAUUUGCUUUUACCUCGUCUGGCUGGAGUGGUGAGAAGUUUGGGAGAUUUUGCUCUACGUCAUCGUUCUUUGCCAACUUUGGGUUACACACAUCUACAACCAGCUCAGUUAACCACUGUUGGCAAACGAGCAACGUUGUGGAUGUCUGACUUGCUGAUGGACGAAAGAGCUCUACGAAGAGCAAGGGAUGAUUUGCGUUUCCGCGGAGCUAAAGGAACUACUGGUACCCAAGCUAGCUUUUUACAAUUAUUUGCUGGAGAUGGUGAAAAAGUUAAACGAUUGGAUAAACGCGUUGCGGAAUUGGCUGGAUUUAAUCGCUGUUAUGCCGUUACUGGACAAACCUAUUCUCGUAAAGUAGAUUUGGAAAUUGUUUCAGCAUUAGCUAGCUUAGGUUCUACUGUUCACAAGAUGUGCUCAGAUAUUCGUCUUCUUGCCUCCAGAAAAGAGUUAGAAGAACCUUUUGAAAUUACGCAGAUUGGAUCCAGCGCCAUGCCCUAUAAACGCAAUCCAAUGCGUUCAGAGCGUUGUUGUGCCUUAGCAAGACACUUGAUAUCUUUGCAUUCAAAUGCAGCUAAUACUUUAGCUGUGCAGUGGUUAGAAAGAACUUUAGACGAUUCCGCAAACAGAAGACUGACCUUAGCGGAGGCCUUUCUUUCUGCAGAUGCCAUACUCCUUACUUUGCUAAAUGUAUGCCAAGGUUUGGUUGUCUACCCUCAAGUUAUAGCCAGACACGUUUCUCAAGAAUUGCCUUUCAUGUCUGCUGAAAAUGUGAUUAUGGCAAUGGUGAAAGCGGGUGGUGAUCGACAGGAAUGCCAUGAACGGAUAAGAGUUUUAUCUCAACAGGCUGGUGCGCAGGUGAAACAAUACGGAAAAGAUAACGAUCUUGUGGAGCGCAUCAAGAAUGAUCCCUACUUUGCGCCAGUUCUCGAUAAAUUGAAUGAAAUCCUGGAUGCGAGUACGUUUACAGGGCGCGCGCCUGACCAAGUACUGGAGUUUUUGGAAGAGGAGGUGAAACCAAUACUCGACUUAUACAAAGAGAAACUUGACGAGCAACAGAAACCUAUUACUCUCAAUAUUUAAUAUCUAUAUGAUCGUUGUUAAAUUUCUAUUUUUG